CUACAUUACCACGUGUAUCUAGUAUUUGUUUUGUCACUUAUCGGCGUGGGAACAGUCGUGGGUCUCGUGUAAUCAGACUGGAGUUUUGGUAUUGGAUGUGAGCUGCGAAGGAUAUGUAAAACUGUUCGAGUUCGAGUUCCGGGGAGACCUGUUUCACUGUGAUUGUCUGUACCGCAUGGAGGGUUAUUUGUCGUAACGUCGGAGGAAUUUUAUGCAUGGCUGUAAUGGAGGGAAGCCGUUAACUGGGUGGAAUCGUCGUGUACCAAGUUCGAGCGCGACACCUGUCCGAGAACUUGAUCGUUCUGGUCGGAGACAGCUCCGAGACAUCGUUGCCGAUUUUGCUGUUCACCGGUACCGUCCCAUUGCGAUCCCUUCGAGUUUACCGAUAGGCGAGGACCCGCACAGCUAAGUGGAUUGUUGGUUGUUUCGUGUACAUGCUGGUGACACCUCUGGAAAACGUUACUUUUGAUGCGAGGUUUGGAAUUUCACGUAAAUUAUUACUAGCAGAGAAUCUGAUAGAUUCUAUUUAGCUGUUGGCUUAACCCGACUUGUUAGUAAUUAGUUGAAGUCCUUCGUAUCUCAAGUAAGAUACUGGGAGAUUGUUGGUUGUGUAAUUAAUAUUGGAACCUGGCAUAGCCGGUUAAAUGUAACGAUUUUGAAUUCACUUAAUUAACAUACCUAUUGAAUAGCGUCACUGGCAUAAUCAAGUACAUUUAUUUGUGUGUCACAUAUUUUUCUUGUUGGAAAUUAUUUGUUUCCUUUAUUAGGGUGGGGACCAGUGAUAGCUGCUGGUAAUUGUCAUAACAAUUAAGGGGUUUUAUAUAUGUUAUUUAUGCAUGAUAGAUUUUUAAUAUGGGUAACCUUCUGUGAUUUCGCACUGUGGUAAGUUUGAUAUAUAUAUUUAUUUAUUGAAUUUUGUGUGUUGGGUGGCAGCAAAUCAGGCGGCCCCAAUUUGAUUCUUUGUGAUGCAUCACCAGGUAUCUUAAGUAUUUAUGUGUAACUGAUCGGUGUAAUAGUUCGUAUUGCGUACAUUUGCUUGGUACGUUUUGAGGUAGCAGAUAAAUCGGAAAUCCGAUAUUAUUCCCUGCUACUCGGGUGUUCGACGUCGAAGUCAUAGGGGGGGUUGAUUGUUGUCCUUUAAAUUUUGGAUUAUUUAUUUGCUUGUUGUCAUUUUAAAAGGGGGGGGGGAGAUUUUGGGUACUUGAUUCGGCGACCGUUUAAUUGGUUUGUGUGGCACGAGUUGCAGAUUCUAUUAUUUACUCUUGUUAUUACUUACAAUUUUUUUCGAGAUUUGUUAAAUAGUUAUUAAAGAGGGCUAGUCAAGUUGUAUGUAUUUGUGUUUUGAUUGCGAGAGUGUGUGAGUACCCUGGAUACGUGAGCUGUCGCUCGAUUCUUUCUUUAAAUUACCAUCUACGGACCGACUCCCGGUACUAGAGCAGCGGUUGGGAAUCCGAGUCGGUGGCGCCCACAACUUUUUUUGUAUCACUUUUAGGAUUUGGUUCCGGCCAACGUGGAACCCCACCCGUCUCCCUGAGCUAGAGCAAGGGUGCGCUGCCUAUACUUAUUUGAGUCGAGUUGACAGUGAGAGGAGGAAAUUGCAGGUAGGGUGGUAGCGCCAUAGGUGACUGCAUUCUUAUUUGGUUACUGUAUUCUGCUUCGGCUAUUUGCCAAGUUGGCGUUGCAGAUUUUGGCGCCCAACGUGGGGCUCGAUUUUACUUUUUUGGGUGCAUGAUUCCGCUUGUGCUUGAAUUUGAGACGGAGAUGACUGUAGAUGAAAUGCGUAGUAGUCUGAGGUCCCUAUUUAAGUUGGAAGCUACCGAUCGUUCAUUAACAUACCCCGAGUAUGAUUUAGCAGCCGAGGGAGAGUUGAGUACUAUUAAGGACAAGUAUGAGGAAUUAGUUGGUCUAAUCGAGAACGUAGAGGAGGAGCGGCGAGCUAGUGUUUAUCGGAGGUGUACGUCACGAAUAUUACAUUUAAUUGGGCGGGUUAAUCGUAUUCCUAUGGGGGCUACUCAGAGCAAGGAGACUCUGCAAAGUCGCAGUAAGUGGUUAGGGAAGGUGUCAGCAUUGCUCAGUAGGGUGGAAGGUGGGAAGCAACCUGUGAAAGCGAGUACUCCGAAUUUAAGUGUGAUUGCCAGGUCGAGUCAUCCGGUUGUACAGGAAGAUUUAUCUGAGGAGUCGGAUUCUUCGCCUGUAGAGAGUGGAGGGGCGACGGGAUUUAAAUUUCCCAGAACUUCGAAACCACAACCUGUAGAGAAAUGGGGGCUGAAAUUCUCAGGUGAUCCGAAGGGUACAUCAGUUAUGUCCUUCCUUGAGCGGGUCGAUGAGUUGCGGAAGGCGAGGCAUGUGUCUGAGAGAGAGUUGUUUGCAUCUGCGCUGGAUUUAUUCGAGGGUAAAGCGUUACUAUGGUAUCGAUCAGUGGUCACUAGGUGUGCAAGUUGGACCGAAUUGUCUGAAUUGCUUCGGAAGCAUUUCCUACCACCUGAUUACAGGCCGCGGUUAUUUCAGGAGAUUUUAGCACGGGUUCAGGGACCGAGUGAGCCUUUCAUUGAAUAUUUUUCUUGCAUGACCACCUUGUUUUCUCGCUAUGGGGACAUACCGCUUGAUAUACAAUUAGAUAUUCUUGUACGCAAUUUGGCACCUUUUUAUACCAUGCAGCUACCAACCGUUAAAUCCUUGAGAGAACUGGAGGAGGAGUGUUUGCAGCUGGAAACAAGGAAAUAUAGAGCGGAUCAUUACCAGGCACCCUCUCGGAAAAGUCACUUAGCUUCUGUUGAGCCUGAACUUUCUUGUGUGGUUACACCUGGUGUGUCUGAGGCUAGGGUGUCGAAUUCGAGGUCUGGGUCUAACACUGGUGACGUUAACUGCUGGAACUGCCUGAAGACUGGGCAUUUAGUUAGAUUUUGUGAUCGACCGCUUAGGAAGCACUGCUUUUCCUGUGGCCAACUUGAUGUUACAACUCGUGAGUGUCGUCGCUGCAACCCUAGGUCAAAAAACGAGUAAGAGAGAUGAUAGAUGUGGGCCCUAUGUCAUCUCGGAGAUUUCAGGAGGCCAAUAGGGUGAAAUGUUUGCUAGAUUUUGUAUUCUCGCAUGUGCAGGGUGAUGAGAGGCCUCAUAUUAGGGUCAAUAUUCUCGGAAAGGAAAUGCUAGGAUUACUUGAUUCAGGUGCCACUAGGAGCGUGAUCGGGGAGAGAGGUUGUAAAAUUUUAAGGAGUACAGGAUUGCCAUUAUUGAAGUCCGAAUUCUCAAAUAUUACUGUUGCAAAUGGCCAGGUAUGUGCGUGCGUGGGGAUUCUUCGAGUGCCAAUUAAAUUGAAGGAGACGGUUAAAGUAAUAGAUUUGUUAGUCGUGCCGACCCUGGGCCAACUUUUAAUACUGGGGGUGGAUUUCUGGACUCAGAUGGGCAUUGUGCCGAAUCUACGGGCGAAGGAAUGGAAAUUUGCGGCUGAGGGAGAGGUCGAGGUGAAUUCAUUAGAUCCCGUGAAUUCGAGACAAAACCUGAACCUGGACCAGGAACGCAGGCUGAGUGAGGCUAUUGAGUGUUAUUUUGGCCAUAUGCCCACGUCCUUUAGUUGCACCGAUUUGGUGGAACAUAAAAUUGAACUUCUCGAUAAUGUGGAACCAAUCAAACAGCGUUACUAUCCCGUUUCACCGGCACUAUUGA